CAUGCCACAUACGUUACACAUUUCCAACAUCACGUCAAUGUUAUUUUAAACCCACCUAUUUUUAUCCAUUACACCAGAAAAACCAGAACCAAACUUUUCAAGAACAAUAACAAAAACAAUAAUGAAAAUCUCAAGCUCAAUAACAAUGAUAGAGGCCUAAGACAAAAGGAGAAACAAUACAGGAAUUUCCAAAUUCCUUAUCCACUCUCCUUGUGUCAUUAUGGCUGAAGAGUUUUCGAAAUCGGUUGAAGAAGGAAUAAAAUUAUCAAAACGAAUAUAUUUCGGCAAUGAUAGAGCGGUAACAGCACCAAAACCACCACCAACAAUGUCAAAAACAAAUACAGCUUUUCUACCGACGUCACCGAUGGUUUAUGCAGUUAUUCAUGAUCCUAAGAUUGUUGAUAAUCCUGAUGUACCUAGCUAUCAACCUCAUGUGCAUGGGAGGUGUGAUCCUCCUGCGUUGAUUCCGCUUCAGAUGAUUAACGGUGUUGAUCUUAGGGUUGAUGCUUGGUUGGAUACUGCUUUUGUUGAGGUUUCGGGAUGUUGGAGGCUUCAUUGUGUUUCUGGGAGUAGGAGUUGUGAUUGUAUUGUUGUUGUUCCUAUGAGUUCUCAGGGUUCAAUUCUAGGUGUGGAAGUCAGUGUUCAUAGGAAAUCAUAUUCAACUCAACUGGUCGAUAUGGAAGAUAAAACUGGUGGUAAGGACAACGCGACCAAAACUCACGAUGGAGGUUUUCUCAAGUCCAAUAUAUUUACUUUGACUAUACCACAGAUAGAUGGAGGUUCAAAUUUAUCAAUUAAACUUAGUUGGUCCCAAAAGAUAACAUGCUGCAACGAUGUUUCCUCAUUGAAUGUGCCAUUCACCUUUCCGGAUUUCGUUAACCCUGCUGGGAAGAGAAUGGGUAAAAAAGAAAAGAUACAAAUAAACGUGAACGCUGUUACCGGCAGUGACGUUAAGUGCAAGACAGCAAGUCAUCCAAUGAAGGAAGUAAGGCGCAGUGCCGGGAGCAUAGGCUUCUCACAUGACACCGAUCUUCUCUCCUGGUCGAAAUGUGAUUUUAGCUUCUCAUAUUCUGUCUCUUCAAGUCAAAUAAAUGGUGGGGUUAUUUUGGAAUCGGCAUCUGUCGAUGACAUUGAUCAGAGAGAGAUGUUUUGCAUGUACCUUUCUCCUGGAAAUCUUCAAAGUAGGAAGGUAUUCAGGAAAGACAUUGUAUUCGUUAUCGACAUAAGUGGAAGCAUGCGAGGAAAGCUAAUUGAUGACACAAAGAAUGCAUUAUCAGCUGCUCUGUCUAAGCUUGAUCCUGAUGAUUCAUUUAGUAUUAUAGCAUUUAAUGGAGAGAUAUAUCAAUUUUCAACUUCAAUGGAAUUGGCUUCAAAGGAUGCUGUUGAAAGGGCCGUUGAAUGGAUCGGCAUAAAUUUUGUUGCUGGAGGUGAUACAAAUAUUUUGCAUCCAUUAAACACGGCAUUAGAGAUGCUAUCCGAUGGCCGAAGAUCAGUUCCGAUUAUUUUCCUAGUUACAGAUGGAACUGUUGAAGAUGAGAGGGAAACUUGUGAUAUGAUAAAUAAGAAGAUCAGAGGAGAAUCAAUAUUCCCCAGAAUUUACACUUUGGGCAUAGGUUCAUUCUGCAAUCAAUAUUUCUUGAAGAUGCUUGCUAUGAUUAGUAGGGGACAACAUGUUGCAGCUUUGGAUGUAGAUUUGGUUGAGCUUCAAAUGCUAAAACUGUUUGACAAAGCUGCAUCUGUUGUUCUUGCAAAUAUCACGAUGGACGUAUUCGAUGAUCUGGAUGAAUUUGAGGUCUAUCCUUCUCAAAUUCCAGAUCUUUCAUCAAAUGGUCCAUUGAUCUUACCUGGAAGAUUCAGGGGAAACUUUCCAGAAGUUGUUAAAGUAAAAGGUGUCUUACCUGAUUUCAGUAAUUUUGUGAUAGAUUUGAAAAUACAAAAUGCCAAGGACAUGCCAUUAGAGAGGGUUUUUGCAAGAGAACAAAUUGAGUAUCUUACUGCACAAGCAUGGCUUACUAACAAUAAACAAUUAGAACACAAGAUUGCAAAACUAAGCUUGCAAACUGGCUUUUUAUCUGAGUAUACACGUAUGUCAGUUCUUGAGGUUGAUCAUUUGAAGACAGCCAAGCAAUCAGAUGGAACAAAAGCAUCAAAAAAGAAAGGUGAAAAAGACCAAGGCCAGAGAACACUUUUGCUACCAAAACUAGGUAUAGGUUUUGGCAACUUAGCUGCUACUGCUGAGAACACUCCACCAGGAGGUGAUGAACCAAGCUUGAAUGAUAGUGCUGAAAUGUUUGUUAAAGCAGCCACACAUUGUUGUGGAAGCUGCUUAAACCAUUGCUGUUGCAUGUGCUGCAUUCAGGUCUGUACCAAGAUGAACAACCAAUGUGCAACUGUGUUUUCUCAGCUAUGUAUUGGUUUAGGAUGCUACAGCUGCCUCACUUGUUGUUCAGAGAUGUGUUGUACUGGAGAUGAAUGAUGAAAUCUCAAAGUUUGUAGUAUGAUUGUUGUAUUUUAAUUGUGUGCGCGCGCGGUUGUUACAUGGAAAUGUAUAUUUAAGUCGUAUGUUUCGCUUUAUAGUUCUUUUUCCUUCAGAUUUGUGUUGUAUUAUAGAUUUUCCUAGAGUUUAGGCCAUGUUAUAUGUCGAAAUAGAAACACCAUUCUAUCAAACAUUUUCACUCAUUCCGUUUACUAUGAUAUCUUUACUUAUAUGCACAUGCAUAACAAGAGUACUGGUAACGCACUUUUAACACACGUUUUUCAACACACUCCUUUCCAAUGGUUGAAAUUUAAAUGGGACCCACUAAAAAAUGUGGGACACACAUAGAUUGGGUAGGCCUAUAUGAAUUUCAACCAAUAGAAAGAGAGAU